AUGUCCUUGGAGGCAAUGGAAGAUCUCCACCUGGAGGAGCCAGAGACCCAGGAAGUGAACGGAAUCCUCAUGACCAAGAUGAUCAGCGAUAAUUGGGACAAAAUCUGGAAUUUCCAAGCCAGACCUGAUGAUCUCCUCAUUGCAACCUAUGCAAAGGCAGGCACAACCUGGACCCAGGAGAUCGUGGACAUGAUUCAGAAUGACGGCGACGUGCAGAGGUGCCAGCGGGCCAACACCUUCGACCGGCACCCUUUCCUUGAGUGGACUCUGCCUCCGCCCCUCAACUCCGGUCUGGAUCUGGCUAACAAAAUGCCUUCUCCCAGAACUCUGAAGACUCAUUUGCCAGUUCAGAUGCUACCCCCUUCUUUUUGGAAAGAAAAGUCAAAGAUCAUCUAUGUGGCUAGAAAUGCCAAGGACUGUCUGGUGUCCUACUACCAUUUCUCCAGAAUGAAUAAAAUGGUGCCUGACCCUGGCACAUGGGAGGAAUACGUUGAGACAUUCAAAGCUGGAAAAGUGCUGUGGGGCUCCUGGUAUGAUCACGUGAAGGGAUGGUGGAACGCAAAAGACCAGCACCCCAUUCUCUACCUCUUCUACGAGGACAUGAAGGAGGACCCAAAGAGGGAAAUUGAGAAGAUAUUAAAGUUCCUGGAGAAAGAUAUAACAGAGGAAGUUCUGAAUAAAAUCAUCUAUCACACCUCCUUUGAUGUAAUGAAGCAAAACCCGAUGGCCAACUACACUACUCUGCCCGCCAGCAUCAUGGACCACUCCAUCUCCCCUUUUAUGAGGAAAGGGAUGCCUGGAGACUGGAAAAACUAUUUCACUGUGGCCCAAAAUGAAGAGUUUGACAAGGAUUACCAGAAGAAGAUGGAAGGAAGCACCCUGACCUUCCGCAUAGAGAUCUGA